GGCUUUGGCGUUCCAUAUGCAUAGUAUUUGGACAUGACGUUUUGCAUGCUGCAGUAUUGUGAAGAAGGUCAGAAACUUUCAGAAUCGUUACCGUUGUUUACACAAUCAAAGUACAACUACAAGCAAUCACAUGAUAUGCGCGAUCAUGAUCCGGCAUUUUUAUUGGAAAUCUCGAGAUUCGAUCCCGCUAGCGCUUUUUUUUAUUGAUUAAAAAUUCACAGAAUUCUGGCUCGGCAAACCAGGAAGAAAUAUCCAGGUUCAUCUCUCUCUGUUUCACAGACAUCUGAAACAAGCUCCACUCACGAUCACAGAGAUUAAACUGAUACCAUUACUGUUUCUAACUAGCUGCAAAAGCUUUUUAUAGCCAGAUUAAUUGGUUGUCACCAUGGCAGCACAGAAUGUCAAAUUUCUGGUGCUAGCCCUAUGCUGCUGCGCCGUUUUUGCCGAUGUACAAGUAAAUCCACUGAAGUUCAAAGACAUACUGUACAAAUCUUGGUCCCCACCAAUGCAAAGCAUGGCACAGGAUAGUUACGAUGUCUCGGCAGAGUGUGAAGCUGAAAUAAACAGGCUUAUCAAUAGUAAUCCGAAAACCCUUGAAACAGAUGUUGUUAUGGCUCUGGAUGCAUUUGGCAAGCCUCCAGCCGGAAUUCUCCAGUUAAAUGUGGCCUGGCUUGGACACUAUGAUGAAUGCAUGACAAUAGACGGGUUCAACUACUGCUUGAUUGGUUUAAAUGUGAACACGACCAAGUUGUCAAAAAGCACGACCAACAAGAAUAUAGCAACAAGUCUGGGGGAAGUGGGCUUAUUUGGCAUGAAAUGGGGGGUAUGCCUACCCAGCAACUGUAGUGAAAAUGACAUCAGCGCUGUCUUAACACACCUACUGGAUGCCCUCAAGGUUUUUGAGAGCGUUAACAUACCACUUGAUGCUCUGGAAGAACAGAGUGUUACGUGUGCAAAGGAUCCAACAAUCCCGUACAGCGCAGGUGUUAUCUGCACAAUAAUUCUUUGUGGCUUCAUUGCCUCGCUGAUGAUAGUUGGCGCCCUCUAUGAUGAGUUCCUCAAGCUUCAAGCCGAGAAGCCGCUGGGUCCAAGUCUUGGUCUGAGAAUCCGACGUCCGUGGAGGUUACUGGAUGACUCAGAUGAGGCGGAUGACGAUGAUGAUGUGCCGAUACUGAAGGAUGUAGGGACUGCCGGGCCGUCCAUCAAUAGGGAGGGAAAUGAGAUGAAGAAACAGAAUUUAGCAACCAGACUUCUCCUGUGUUUUGCCCUGAAUCGCAACCUGGCCAAACUGAUGGACACGAAGCAAGGAGACAAGACUAUCGGCUCCCUGAACGGCAUCAGGGUUAUCAGCAUGACAUGGGUCAUGCUAGGUCACACGUUGGUCUUUGGAUUGGGUUCCUCAGACAACCUUCCGACGUUACUAAGUUGGGUUAAGACACACGCUGGAUUCCAAGCAAUCGCCAAUGCGUACUUCUCAGUCGACAGUUUCUUUUUCCUCAGUGGGUUCUUGCUUGCCUUUCUCACUUUUGCUCGCUUUCGGGAGUUAAGGAGUGUCAAGACAUGGGCUUUGUUCUACUUCCAUCGCUACUGGAGGUUGACACCCCUGCUUGCGUUCACCAUUCUCAUCUGGAUGUACAUCCCUCAGUUCUUUGGCUCGGGUCCUCUGUGGCAGAGCUCUGCAGCAAGACCUCUGUGUUCACAAUACUGGUGGAGUGACUUGCUUUAUAUCAAUAACUUCUGGCCCAAGGCAUUCGAAGGCGAGUGUAUAGCAUGGACCUGGUACUUGGCCAAUGAUAUGCAGUUUUUCAUCAUCAGUCCUCUGCUCUUGGCACCCCUAUUCUACUUUCCGAUAUUUGGUUGGCUGGCUCUUGUAGCAACGCUGAUAGCUUCCUUUGUAUCAACUGGGCUGAUCAUUGGUACCAACGACCUCAGUGUAGAUCUAUUUGGCCAAACAACACAACAGAAACUGCCUGGUGCUGAUUUCUCAAGCAUGGUGUACGGUAAGCCCUACUGCCGCAUUGCUCCGUAUCUGGUGGGGAUCGGUCUCGGCUACAUCAUGCACCGGAUCGGCAAACGCAGAGUCAAGAUGUCUCCAGUUCUGGCUUUGUUGGGCUGGUUAGCCGCAGCCGGCUUGGCACUGAGCGUGGUCUAUGGUCUGUACCCAACCACCCACACACCACCGAUGACCAAGGCAGCCAAUAUCGUCUAUGGCUCAGUCAGUCGUUUUGUCUGGGCGUUGGCUCUAGCCUGGGUGGUGUUUGCUUGCAAAUAUGGAUAUGGAGGUUGGAUCAACACCUUUCUGUCUUGGAGUGCCUGGGUUCCGCUGGCCCGCGUCACAUUCCCAGCCUACUUGUUCCAUCCCAUCGUCAUCUUCGUCUUCUACUACAACUUUGCGUCUCCCUUCCAUUUUUCUGUGUACCUGUUGGCUUUCUACUUUGCCGGCGUGGUCUCCGUGUCGUACCUCGUUGCCGUCCUGGCAUCACUGGCCAUCGAGUACCCGUUUGCCAACUUGGAGAAGGUCCUCCUCCCCACCCCGCCGAGGGCCAAACAGUUGAAGGAUCGCAGCAACCCAGACACAGCAAGUACUGAUGUUGUCACUGUGGUCACUGGGUCUCCAGUUAGAAAUAGUGUCGCGUACGAUGACUCCGCCUACAGAAGGGGAGUGGCUGAUUCCAGGGAAGUGAUGUCGUAAAGUAUGUGCCAUGGAUGCACAGUGUCUGUAGAGGGCGGUUUGUCAACGAGUUCUGUAUUUCAAAAAUGAGGUUUGCCGAUGACAUCGUGUGAGAAUUCAUCUUCUGAGUGAAGACAUGUUGAUUCUCAAAGGCCAGCGAUCAACAUUGUGUUCCGGGUGAUUUCUCUAACCACCAGGGGCCAAUAUUUAUGGAGCUGCUAAGCGCAAAAAUUGGCUUACCACAAAAAGGUCUGGCUUUGUAAAAGCAGGUUACCAGCCAAAACUCCAUGUGAUUUUCAUGCUAGGCAAACAGUAGCUAAAUACCAAUCACAAGCAAUUUUAUAUAUCACAAGGAAAUUUGGCUGGUAACCUGCUUUUAUAAGCCAGACUUUUUAUGUGCUAAGCAAAUUGUUGUGCUUAGUGGCGCAGUGGAAUUUGGCCCUGUUCUUUCGUCAGAGCCAACAGUUCUUCACAGAAGAGAUAAGUACACCAGAUGUUGUAGCCUGCAAACCUCUUUCUUGUCUUCAUUUCAUCAUGCUAAUCUGCAAACCAUACUUAGUUAUAGUAUUACAAAUCAUGAAUGUUUGUGAGUGCAAUGGUAAGAAUAAUUUCAUGAGGUGACAGAUGGAAUGUUCCAUUCCAC